UAAAAAUUAAAUAAUUAUUGAUUAUUAUUACUCCUUUUUCGUUCCCUUUUUGUCGUUGCUUCCGCCUCCCCUUAAAUAUUCUUUCCUCUGACGCUUUCUUUCUGAUAAUUCUUUCCUUACAUUUUCCUUUCCCAAAUCUUGGAUCUGAUUUCAAGUAAAUUAAAUUUAGCAACAAAUUUAGCAGAUCGAGAUAGAUUUCGAAAAAAACGAUGGCGGAGGAGCAUAGAUGCCAAGCGCCCGAAGGACACCGUCUUUGCGUCAAUAACUGCGGAUUUUUCGGAAGUCCAGCGAUGAUGAAUCUUUGCUCUAAAUGUUACAGAGAUUUACGUCUUAAAGAACAACAAGGAGCUUCUUCGAUCAAAUCAUCUAUCUCUUCCUCUCAUUCGUCUUCUUCAGCUAUCUUCGAAUCUGUUUCACAGGUUCCUCUAUUGACUCUCCCGGAAGUCAACGGAGGAUCGGAGGUUCCGGCUGCCGAGAUUUCUCCGGCGGCUGAGCAGCGGCCACAGCAACAACCCAAUCGGUGCAUGAUUUGCAGGAGGCGGGUCGGGUUGACCGGAUUCAGGUGCAAGUGUGGGAUUACGUUUUGCGGGUCCCACAGGUACCCAGAGAAUCACGGAUGUACGUUCGAUUUCAAGAAGGUUGGGCGAGAGGAGAUCGCACGUGCUAAUCCGGUGGUCAAAGCAGAGAAGCUCGAGAAGAUUUGAGAGGAAGAUGGAAAGCCAAUAUGGAUCUUUACUUUCGAUAAGAAAAAAUGGAAAAUUUCAAACUCGUUAAGAUCACGACACGUGUUACCGUGUGGUCCCUACCAUGAUGAGAAACCAAUUGGGCUGGGUAAAAAUAUUUUCAUGCUAAAAAAAUAAGUCUUCUUUUUUUAAGUAAUAAUAUUUUAAUUUAAGCGUCUCUUCGGUCCUUCUCUUUUUUACUUCUCUGCAUUGUAAAAAAACUUUUUUUUAAAAAUAAAUUUUACUCUUAUCUCUUUGGGGUGAAAAAAACAAAAAGAAAAAAAGUUGGGGUGGAAAUUCAAUUGCGUGUUGAUUCUUGGUUCUUCUGUUUUAGUUGUUGUUGUGUAACGGAUGGAGCUGCAGCGGCCAAUCAUGAAAGCUAUUUCCUUAAAUGUUGUUGUCUAUAUUUGGAAGCAAAAAUGUUCGGGUUCGGCACUUUCUUUAAAAAAAAAAAAAAUUAACAACUUUCUGUCCCUUGCAAUUCCAUCCCUUUCAUGUCAUUUCAAUUUUUGUGUUACAUCUUUUUGAUGACACAAAAUAAAUGCCGCUUUUUGGGUAA